GAUGGCGGAGAGUGCGGAACUGAAGAAACCGGUCAAGCUCCAGAAACUCCACCCCAAGGUUAACAGGGGUAUCAGGAAGCACGACCUCAGGAGGAACAAGUAACGACGCUAAGGAACCAAAACUGAAUCUUGCAAAUGGUGAUGAGCCUGCGGGUGUCGGAGCUGCAGGUGCUGCUGGGAUACGCUGGGCGCAACAAACACGGACGAAAGCACGAGCUGUUGACCAAGGCGCUGCACCUGCUAAAGGCCGGCUGCAGCCCCGCCGUGCACAUGAAGGUCAAAGAGCUCUACCGACGACGCUUCCCGGCUAAAAUGGUGUCCCACUCAGAGCUGGCUAUGCCGGGGCCGCACCACCCGGCCUCAGCUGGUGUGGUCGGCGGAGGGGGCGCCGCACUGCCCUCCGGCCUGACACAGCUGGCGUAUGAGGGUCAUGGCGGCGCUCCGUCGCCCGCUGCCUUACUGCCCCUCUCACUGCUCGGCCCAGGGAAGCACGAGCUGACGGGGUUGACGCACCACAUGUCCAGCUCCACGCUGCACCCGGUCCACCCGGAUGUGAAGCUGCAGCGGCUGCCCUUCUACGACCUGCUGGACGAGCUCAUCAAGCCCACCAGUCUAGCAUCAGACAACAGCCAGCGAUUUCAGGAGACGUGUUUUGCCUUUGCAUUAACGCCACAACAAGUCCAGCAGAUCAGCAGCUCGAUGGACAUCUCGGGGACCAAAUGUGAUUUCUCAGUUCAAGUUCAGUUGCGGUUUUGCCUGUCGGAAACGAGCUGUCCUCAGGAAGACCAUUUCCCUCCCAAUCUGUGUGUGAAAGUCAAUGGGAAGCCAUGUAACCUUCCGGGUUAUCUUCCUCCAACCAAAAAUGGCGUAGAGCCCAAGCGGCCGAGCCGGCCCAUCAACAUUACCUCUCUGGUCAGACUGUCCACCACAGUGCCCAACACCAUCGUGGUGUCGUGGACCGCCGAGAUCGGGAGGAGUUACUCCAUGGCAGUUUACUUGGUGAAGCAGCAGUCGUCCACAGUGUUGCUACAGAGACUACGAGCGAAAGGCAUCAGGAACCCGGACCACUCCAGAGCUCUCAUCAAAGAGAAGCUAACAGCAGACCCAGACAGUGAAAUAGCCACGACCAGCCUUCGAGUGUCGCUGCUCUGCCCGCUGGGGAAGAUGCGGCUGAUGAUCCCAUGCCGGGCGCUGACAUGCUCCCACCUGCAGUGCUUUGACGCCACACUGUACAUCCAGAUGAACGAGAAGAAGCCCACCUGGGUGUGUCCUGUCUGCGACAAGAAGGCUCCCUAUGAACACCUCAUCAUCGACGGGCUUUUUGUGGAGAUACUCAACAGCUGCAUGGACUGUGAUGAGAUCCAGUUCAAAGAGGAUGGCAGCUGGGCCCCCAUGAGGUCUAAGAAGGAAGUGCAGGAGGUCUCCUCUGCUUCCUAUAACGGGCUGGACGGUUCAUGUCGGACGUCGACAGGCUCGGAUCAGCGGGGCUCUUCGUCGAACAUCCACAGCGACAGCAGCAAUAGCAAGAAGGUAGAGGUGAUCGACUUGACACUGGACAGCUCCUCAGAAGAUGAGGGCCAGGAUUCACCACCUUCGCCACCGCCGCCACUGCCUCCCCCACCCAAAAGACCGUGUCCCUCCUUGUCCCCGGCCUCGCCGCCACACAACAAAGGGGUGUUGAACCUGCACCACCAGGCCUCUCCUGUCAGCUGCACUCCCAGCAUGCCUGCCGUGGACACCAGCUACAUCCCUCCUGUCCCCCCCCUCAUUCAGGACUACAGACCGUACUACCACACCCCCAACGACCUGUCAGAGUUGAACUUCUUCUCUUUCCUUCAAGGCGACAAUCAUCAGCAUUACAACAUGGUGAUGGCAGCUGCAGCCGCAGCUUCAGCCUCAGAUGACCACGAGCUGCUUCUCAACCGCUUCCUGCCCUACAGCACCUCCACCUCCUCCUCACAGCUGUUUCUCGACCAAUCUGGUGGCUCCUCAGCCCCCUCGCUGACCGUGCCCACCAACGGGGCGAGCAACUCGGGCAGCAGCAGCAGUCUGGUGUCGUCCAGCAGCCUCCGCGACACCCACUCCACACACUCGUCUUCACACUCUUCACACUCCUCACACACACACCCCGUGGUGGUGGCCACCCGGAGCAGCGCUGAGGCAGCAGUGGCAGCGAUUUACGGCGGGAUACCUGACGUUAUAUCAUUGGACUGACGCGAGAAGGGUCAGAACUACACUUUGGGUCCAGCUGAGAUCCAGUAACACACUUCUUUUGACUACAGGGUGAAGUUUUGAUCCAGAAAGUUGACUGGCCCCAGGUCAUCACACUUUGUGGGGUCGUAAUGAGGAGACUGCCUCAACGAGAGCACUAAUAUUAUAUAUUAUAUAAUAUGAACAGAGGGUUCUCUUCCCUAGACUGAGCGGUGGACUUCUGUUUGUGUACUGACUUCAGAUCAGAAACCUGUCCAGCAUGAUAAUGGUACCAACAUGGCACUAACAGCAAAGACUCUACAUGAGAAAAAUCACACGAAGGACGAAGGCUCUUUUCUACAAACCCGGGGAGUUGGCACCGUGUACAGAGAACAAAUAUAUUUUCCUCUUUUACUUUUGUAUGUUAUAUUGGAACAUUUUCAGUCAAGUGAGCUGCUUCGAUUGCUGUUUUCAAUUGGAGGACUGAGGUUUCAUUUUCCUUUAUUCUGACAAAAGCUUUUGCAUAAUGCCUGUUGCCAUGUGGUUGUCUUUUCCUUCUCUUUCUUUUCCUGCUUACAUUUUGUUUUAUUUGCAUUUCUACAAGAUUAACUUAAGUUCCCUGUCUUAUUCUUAACUCAUUUUUAAUGAGUUAAGAUGAAUUUAAAAUGAUGGUUUAUUCUCGUUCCAAUAACAAGAACACUGAAGUUACAGUUUUUUUCAUGUACUAAUAAUUUUAUUAUGCUUUAAGUUAAGUAUGAUAUUUAAACCAUUAUAAAUAUAAAUAUAUAUAUAUAUAUAUAUAUAUAUAUAUAUAUAUAUAUAUAUAUGCAUAUGCAUUCCCUUUGACCUUCAGGUUAUUGCUGUAGGGAGUGAGUAGUAGUAGAAAUCACUCUUUGAUUUCCAACUCCUCACAAAGACUCUGCCGGCAAAGCAUUUAGAAAUGGAUACUUUUAAACUAUUUAUACUUGCAGAUUUAGAGUUUUUAGCUGGAACAGUUUCUAUUGUUUUCCUUUUCUUUUUGCACAAUGCCAAAAACAAGAUAAAGUUCCUGAAUGAAAAUGAUCCUAAUAUUCAGAGUGCAGUUGAAUCAGUGUGCCACAGUGUUCUCCGUCCGAGUGUCCACUUCUUCGGUUUUAGCUGAUGGUUAUUUAGACACUUAAAUGCUGUCAAUUUGUGUCUUGUCUUCUUAGUUUCAUCAUUUUUUUGCUUGACUUUUAAAAAGGUAUUACAUUGAAGGCCGAGCUGUUGUAGCAGCACGGUUCUUUUUGAAGAGACGGUGUCCAUGGCAUGUGACCAACUUUAAACUAGUGCCUGUUUGUGUGCAUGCUUCACAGCGUGGUGGGGAUGUUUUGGGUUUUCAAACUCGAAAGAAUGUCUUUAAUGGUCGCCCGAAACCUCUGCUCUAUCUCUGUAGAAGCUUUUUGUGAAGACUCGUGAUAUGUUUGACAGCCUAGGCGUUAUCUUUGGGAAACUACUUUUUUUGGGAAAGCAUCGAAGUGUGCCCCAGUGAAAGAGGGAGAUGUCAACAUGCCAAUUUAUACACUGGGCACAAAGCCAGCUGGUUUAAAAAUACAUGACCUGCCUGUAAUUUAAAAACUUUAGGAGCACUUUGUGUACGAUGUGGAAGUGUCAAAGCGAGGUGGAGUACCUCGAUUCAGCUGAAAACACAGUUUGCUCAUGAAUGUAGUGUACAAUUGUAAGAAAGGAUACACUUUUGGUGUUUGCUUCCAUUUCAACUUUUAGCAGAUGUAAUCAAGGUGACAUUAGCAGUGACAUACAGUAGUGUCCCCGCCCUGCCCAGUCAGCCCACUCCUCCUCCAGCCUGCGCUUCCUUGUAACGUUCCCCUCUUAUCAGCCUCUCCUCGAUGUUCCACUUUCAGACGUACGAGACAGGCAGCUCACUUCGAAGCCGAGUUAUCCCAACCGGCCACCGGAUAAUCCCUUCUGACAGCAGCCCCCAUCCCCUGUCCCGUCCUUCAGCGUCUCACUGGGAUGACGACCCAAAGUGACCCCCCCACCCACCCCUUCCUCCCUUGCUCUCUCUUUGCAUCUUUAACUUUAUUCCCGGUUAUUCUAAUGGGAACAAACCCCGGCUCUCACACUGACGCGAAACCAGUACUUGUGUAUUUCCAGUGUUGUUCAGUUUUUAAUUUAUUUUCUUAUUUCUAUAUAUUAUAUUUUUUACAAAUGGUUGUUUUCCGUUGGUGAGUGUGAGUAACUUUCACUCGGGAGCUGUUGUGAUAUGAUUUUAUUUAAUAUGCAUUUUAUUAAUAUUCUUUGCCAGCAGUGUAAUCUCUCAAAAUGGUACCAAUGAGUCAUUGGUCAUGUAAAUGCUUCACUGUGACACUUUAUAAUCAGGACAUAAAGCACAUGCUUAAUUAAUACGUGCAUGACUCAUGGUGAUUUAAUGUUUUAAUUAAUUCAGGAUGUGUUAUGAAUUGUGGUUGCUCACCAAGUCACUGAGAGUUAAUGUAAUUAGGUAAUGCUGAAUGAAUUAUCAAUUAGUCCAGUCCAGUUACAUAAAAAAGGCAGUAUUAAUUCUCAUGGAAAUAUCAAGCCAUCUUUUUUUCUUCAAUCAGACAUUGACAUGUUUUUGCAAAAUCCCUGCCAUUGGUGGCAUUUAUCUAAAUUUUGCAAAUUAUAUUUUUCUGUUGUAUUUAUUGGUUUAGACAAUCAAAAAUCAUAUUAAUUAAAUAAACCAUUUCAGAAUCAGAAAUCCUUUAUUAGUCCCACUGCGGGGAAAUCUACUUUUGUUACAACAAAAGUGAUAGACACAAAAGUGGCAUAGCAGAUAAAAAAAAAGAUAUAAUAAUACAGAAUAAGCUAACAUAUUAGUAUAUGGAAGUAAAGCACACAUUAGUUAUGCUGGAAUAAAGUAGGUAAGUAAGCUAAAAAAUUAUGAGCAGCCACUUCAGACCUAAGUGCCAUUUAAAACCCAUUUGUGGCUAAACAUGCACUUUCACAAAUGGGUUUUUCUUAGCUUAGCAAAAAGGUACAUUCUGGAAAUGUAUUAUCAGCCAUGCCAGAGUUUGUAACUGGAUUCCAGAUAAUUUGGUAGCAUAUAAAAUAAUUUGUGAAAAAACAUUGAUCCUUUAAGUGUUAGCUCAUUACGUAAACUCACAGUGACUGUUUCAUGGGAACAACAUGAAUUUGCGUCACAUUCUGUAUAAAUUCAGUCAUCAAAUCAGUACUUGCGUACUAUUUUUGCAUUUAUUUAAAUGUGUGUUUUCACCUUUAUUAUAAAGUGUUACCCUGGCUUUGUACACUGAUGAAGAUGUUGAUCCUUUAGUUUCCUUCUUGUUAGUUUAAAUACAAAUCACCAGUAUUUGGAAGCUUGUUAAGAUGGUCAUAGUUUUCUCAAUCACAAUUUUAUUUAUUUAAACGUAUUCUUCCCUCACGAGACAGUGCAGCACAAGAAGAGAGAGGGCACACCGUGUUGAAUGUGUUUCCGUUGAAGUGAUCCACAUCUGUAUGGGGAUACAGAGAUGCUUCAUAAUGUAAAGUGUCCACAACUCCAUCCUGUGGUGCACAUCUGUUUGUUUCCUUUGGGAGAAGCUGUCCUUUUUUAACUUGGGGAGUUAUUUUGUUGGAAAGUGUUAGAUUGCAAGCAGAAAUGGAUGAGCUCAGGGCUGCCAUAUCAAUCCCUCUACACCAGGAGCCGUAGAUAUAUGAGCGUUGAUUGCAGGAGCUUAUGUGUUGGCUGGUGUUAGGGCACUGGGAAUAACCAGCAUCUGCUCAGUAUAAAGUGAAUGGAAUAAGGCCACUAUAGUUAAUCUCUACAGGCUACAGUGAAGAGAUGCCUCACUUAAGAUAAAAGGGAAAAGUCAACAAUGUGUAUAUUCUGUCUGUGUGGAAACCUGAGAGUUCAGAUCCAAACGUGGGUGUUUGAUGUCCGUUUGUAUGCUUUUUGUGUCAAUUCAGAGCGAGAGAAUAAAUUAAUUUAUAUAUUUUUUGGAAAAUGAAAGCUGUAAUAUUGUUUUUAAAAAAAAGGACUGUGGCCAAUAAAGAGUCUUAAACAACAGAAAUAUUCUCAAAGUCAGACUCAAGUCGACACGUGCACUCACUGCCUUAAAACAUUCACAGGUUCUGUUUCACGGCUCCAAUCCGAGAAAAAUCAUAAAAAGGCUUUUCGAGGAGGGCAAGGAGAAGGCGGUGUACAGUGGACCCUAGUCAGUUUGUACAAAUAUACCAAGUAAAACAAAUAUUUAUUACCUGCAUUGGAAGAAAUUGUUUACUAAUUGAAUGUUACCUGUUUAUGUAGAGAAGUUUAGAUGUAAUAAAAUGCAUUCUGGUA